AUGGCGGGAUCUCUAACAACACCAAUCCACGAGCACCACCACCGUGGAAACGCGGCGGCUUCAGAAUAUUCCCGAUGGUUGAUCGAUUUCGCUAGGUUUAUUCCGUAUCCAUCUUCUCCCUCUACGCGUCAUCAUCAUCCAGGACUAUUUCCUCUCGGAAAGAGAGAGCUGAAUUCGCCGCCUCACGGGACAUGGUUAUCGACGUCUUGUUCGACGGCGUCUCUCCAAUUGGUGGACGAAGUGAACAGAUCCGAUGCGAUUCUCUUCGUUUCACUCGACGGAAAAGUCCUUGAGGAACACUACAUUUCGAAUCUGAAUUUCUCUUGGCCUCAGAUGACUUGCGUUUCUGGGUUCCCACCUCGUGGUAGUCGAGCAAUUCUCGUUAGCUACAAGGAUUCUGAAAACGAGAUCCAAAAAUUCGCUUUAAGGUUUUCCACAUGUGAUGCAGCGGAGACAUUUGUUGUAGCUCUUAAGGAGAAGUUCAAGGGUUUAGAGGAAUGUAGGAUCCAGAGAAGUGAUAUUAGGUCUGAGAUUUCUUUCCAGUCAGAUUACAACAAUACUUCUACUGAGAUUUACCCCAGAGCUAAUGUGGAAGAACCAAAUAUGGUUACACCUCUUGAUAGUUAUGAUCCUGAAAUGCUACCAAGACUUGAAGCUACUGUUGAAGAAGCAAAUAUGGUUGAACCUCUUGGUAGUUAUGUUCCUGAAAUGGUACCAAGACUUGAGUAUGAAACUGUACAAACCUCCUACCAACCACAAUCUGCGCUAAGUCAAAUCUCUAACGAGACUCCCAUUAAUCUCCCUCCGAGUUUCACCACCUUACUCUCUGGUUGUUUCCCUAACUCCACUCUAGCUGCAGGCCAAACAAGUGUAAAGCAGGAUCCUGAUCUGAAGUCACAGAUACUGAAGUACAUGGAAGAUUCUGCGUUUCAAGAUAUGCUGCAGAAAGUAGAGAGAAUCAUGGACGAAAUAGGAGGUAACUGGGUUCUCUAA